GAACCUGACUGAUUACAAUCCAGAUUGAUUUUAUCCUGUAAAUAUUUUCCCUCCUGCUUUCAUGAGCAAGUAAAGUCAGAGGAUGCUGUCUCCACCAGCUUCUACCAUAGGGGAACAGACUACCUAAGCUUGGUCGCCACCCAGAAUUCCUCCCAGUUAGUGGGAGUUUAGUUUGGACAGUGAUGGCGCUGACAUAUGGAAUCAUGCACCCUUGGCAAUGAGUAGGAAAGUGAGCUUCAUCGAGGGAAUGUAAUCUUGUUUCUGCAGGAUGGAAGCGCUGGUGAAAGUAGUUCAGUCGGAUACUCAGCCAUUGCCAGCCAGCCUAGAUAUCUGUGCCAAGGAAUGUUAUGGCUGUGCAGAGGACCAGGGGUCUCCUAUGCCAGGGGAAUCAGCCAGUCCCAAAAGCUAUUUUCAACAGAGCCCAUCUUUACCAGCCUCUGGAUUAACUGAACUCAGCGGUGUGGAAUCCACUGCCUGGAAUACAUCUCCAGCUGAGGUUCAGGAGCUGCCUGCCAGGAGAGGUUCAGCGUUGACUGUGGGUGCCCCCCAGAAGCAGUAUGUGGGUGUGAGGGUAAAAAUGCCAGUGUGUGAACUGCUGAGAAAAAUCCGUCUCUCCAAAGGGACAGAGUCCGGUGACAACAGGGAAACACCUGCAAAAGCAAAUACCAAAAGGUAUUCAGGAAGAGCAGGGAAAAAAAGAGCUUACUCAGAAAGGCAUGACAAGCAAAACUGCUGUCGGGCUCAGACAGCCUUAAAAAGCACGGAGGACUUGGACAUCCUAGUCGAAGUACUGCAGGAAGACCUGAACGAGAGCCACUCCAAGCUAGAGCCUCAGUUGCCUAUGCAGUUCCCACAUGGUGCGACCCAGGGAUUUCAGCCUUCCGGGUGGGAAGCCAAUGGCAACUCGCAACCAGAUGGCAAUUGGCUGAGAAGCAGCUGGGAGCCUGUCAGAUUUCAGCCGUUGUCUGCUUCUGGCGCAUUGCUUCAUCCACGUGCUGAGAUUUCCUAUGGAUUUGAUUGCAGAAAGACGCAACAACGUCUGGAUCUGAUCAACACGUUCCACAAUUCCCAUGUGGAAGAAAGAUGCUGGCUGGGGAAUGGGUCUGUUGAACAUCCUGGGCAGAGUUCCCAAGGCUUUGCCAAGGAGAUUAGGCCACACUGCCACGACCCACUGGGGCAGGCUUUGCCAGAGACUUUGGAAGAGAACACUGCUGCCUUGCAUGGGAGGGGAUGCCUGAAGGCAAGUGCGUGGUCUUUCAUGGGCCAGGAGGCCUCUGCCAUUUCUUUCUUCCAAUUCCAGCUCUGCCGCGAGGAGAGUCGGCUCAGGAGCAUCUCGGUGGACAAGUUGCUCAUGCCGGAUAGAAAUGGGAACAGGUUGGUCAGUGGUUUGGUUUUGCGCCUGACAAUACUUUGAAAAGUUAAAACAUCUUUUAACAAAACCCUUUGUAACUUGAGUGAUGGAAUGAUUAUAUGCCCCACCCCAUAAUUCUUGCUACCUUUCCCCCAUGGCCUUUGUUUCAUUUCAUUGCGGUUCACAGAUGUAUCCUUAGAGCUGCUGUGAGUCUGUGUUUACUUUCUGACCAGUGUCCAUUGCAAUGUUCAGAGUUA